UACAAGUUGCACCCAAGCAGGCGUAGUACAUAAAAUCAACUUGUUACCAAAUCCGUACAAAAAUGUUGCAGGAGAAGGUCGAGACCACUGGCUAUGUGCCCCAAUAUUUCCUGUCGCUGCCGCGUAAGAUCAAAAAACUAUUACUAUAUCGCUUUCUAUUUGCCACAUUACUGUGCUCAUGGUUGGAUUAUCAGAUGCUUGCGAUUUUCUUGUGCAUCAAUUUAUUUGAGGUGGGAAGGCCCCUGGUUUCCCUUAAUGAAAUCAUGGGAUGGACUCUCUUUUCAGUAUAUACCUCCAUUUUAAUGUUGUUUAUACGAUUGAGUAUGGUGGGUUAUGGUUUGAUGUUAUGCCACGUACAUUAUGCAAGUCCUCGGUGGUACAAAUACAAACUGUUGAAGAUUGUCAACGAGUUUCCCAUACGUAUUUGCCUAUUUUCAUGGAUACUCUCAACAACUGUCGUAAGCAGCUUGUUAUAUGCAUCCUUCGUGGAAUUAGUAGAUGAAAAUGACUCGUUGGGAGGAUCCUGGUAUUACCUCAUGACAUUUGGUUGCUUUUGUGGGAUUUCCUAUUUCCACAAGCAUCAUGGAAGAUGUCUAAGAAGAUUCCCACUGCCCAUAGUGCAUCUUGAUAUGAAGGAACGCCUCCUCCAAAUCUGGUGUAGCCAAUUAAAAUGUUCUGGGAAAGAAGCCUUCGUUCCAACUUUAUUAUAUGCACUAAUAUACUGGCCGUAUAUAGGUUACUUGGAAGCAACUGAAUUUGGUGGAGUCAUCACGGGAUUUACUGUGAUUUUAAAGCAACCUACACGACUUUUUCAAGGUUGGUUGCUAUCCACCUUUAUCCUGGCCAAGCUAAGCAUAGUUCGAGAGGUUUUUGGCCUGAUUAUGCAGCGUCAACUAUCUUUAAUCAAUGAUUCGAGGCGCCUGCACGAGUAUCUAGAUAUCAAUCUAUUUAACAUGAUAGUAGAGCGCUUCCAGUAUUUUUUCUGCAUGAUGCAAAUGAAACCUAUGCCAUUGGAUGUGCAACGUUAUAACCUUUCUUUACCAAUUGCCAUGGCUUUGGAUUCGGCGGAUAUAUAUGGCUUUCAAUUACUGGCAUCCCGUGAUUUUUAUGCCGCCAUGUCGGGCAAUUUAUGCAGUGAAUUAUUUAAGCAGCAAUGUUCCAAGAGAAAUCAGAAAUGGAAUGAAUUAUGCGACGUUAUACUGGAAAUGGCAGAUGAUUUUAUUGCCAGGAUGGAAUCCUGUUUGGAGACUGCACCUCGCAUAAAGGUCUGCAAUUUGCUGAGGAAGCAAGUCCCCAAGAAGUCGCAACUUAGAUCUUUGGUAAAACCAACUCCAGCCCCACAACGAGUUAGCUCUAUAUGCCGAGGACCUCCACAAUGUCGAAUGCCCGAGCAAAUUUGGUGUGCCUGUAAUCUGGGAAAAUAUCUUCACGAUAGGAUACUUGAUCACUGGAAUUGUUUAUGGCCAAGAUUGCCAGCAAUUCCGCGAUACUAUAACUUUUUCUACGACAUAGAUCGUCUGGCUCAGCUCAACCAUCAGUUGCGAUGUGGAGAGCCUCUGGUUUGGGCCCUUCAAGGACUCGUUUGCAUUUGCAUGAGAUCCCUAAAGGAAGAUAUCUUUGGCUAUAUCCAAAGCGAUCUGUGUCGAAUUCUCGCAUGUCUUUUGAAGGUGGAGGAAAAGUUGAUCACCGCAGAGGAAAUGCAGGUGAGAGAGCGUGGAAAACUAUGCUCCAGCCAUGAUCUUUUAAUGUUGGCCAUAAACCGCUGUUUAUACAAAAUGUUGUUUACCUUCGGUCCCCAUUUGGACUACAUAGUGGAUAAUAUGCAGUUGGUGGAGAAAUGCAAACGUAGGAUGGAGUUGAUACCCUAAGAUUGUAUAUAUUCUAGUUAUCUAAAAUUGAUUUUUGUUGUUUUGCGUAUUUAAAAAAAAUUUAUAGAAAUAUAAAAGAUAGUAUAAAA